GACGUACCAGAGCCACAUGGCCAGAACCGGCGACAACAAAGCAGCUAGGAGUGCGUGUGGUCACUAAAUGCCUGUUUUUUUUUUUUGGUCUCUGGAUUGAUGGAACACAGCUAUUGAUUUAAUCAAAUACACCUAUAAGGAGUGCUUUCUCAGACGCAAUGAGCAUGGCCUGUGACGAGUAUUCCGUCGAUCAGUGGAGGGCACUCUUGGAGCAGCUUACAGUGCCAUCUACAAAAUCACCAGCGUCUGCAGAUGCCAGAGAAGUGGAGGAACGGCGACCAGUCAACCGGCGUGCCUGCCUCCUGGCGCGCCUGGUGCAACGCCUGUGCUGCCAGUAUCGGUGGCGGGUGGCAGCUGAGGCCCUGGAGGUUCUUCUGGCUGGGCACUACCCAGCUGACCAGUUUGCAUAUAAGGCAGGUAUGCUGCUGCAUGAAAACCUGGCAUCACCAGAGAAGAUGAACUUCUUUAUCAGGCACUCGCGAUGCCUUCUGGUGGCCGACAAGAAGGAGCUGGCUUUGGAGUACAUUGUGUACUGCCUCAAGAGGAUGAACUUCGCACACCUGCGCACAUUCUUCCAAGAGCACCUGAAAGUGGACCGUAAAAUGCUUCGCCCCAAUGAGAAGCUGGAUGCCUUCAUCAGAGGAUACUUGGGUCUUCUCGACUACCUGCAGUGGUUGAGCCAUGCCACACGUUCACGUCACGGUGACUCCACUGAUGUGGACGCCCACACGACUGCUGGGGAAUCCUAUGAGGAGCUGACCAGCGUUGCCAGUGCCUUGGACAAGUGGCGCCCGCUGUUUACACCUGACAGCGAGUCGUCUGCAAGUGCUUGUCAGGAGACGACGGACGUCUUCCUCACGAAAACACUCGAGCUUCUGCUUAGGUACGACCGUGCAGACGAGGCUGAAGACAUUGUGGAGGGUUACUUGGACAGCCAUGCGGACGACUGCCUGCACGCUGCCUUGUAUGCACAAGCCUUGUCGCAACAGCGUAGCCCGGUGACUCAAGAGUCGGUCGCAUCUCAACGCAUGGAACGGCUUCAAAGAGUUUGUGAAGCGGACCCUACAAACCCCCAGGUUCUGGAGUAUGUACAGCUUAUUGAGCGAAAUGAGCAAGGAGAGGACAGCGAGGACAGCGUGGUUGAGUGCCUGCGUCUCUUGGCUGACUUUGUGGACUGCCCCGACAACAAGGACAGCAUGGAUGCCUGGAGGAAGCUGUGCCACAUUACGCUGCGCACGGGACACAGUGAAGACGCAGCAGUCAGGGACUGUGGCAGUCGUCUGUGGCAAGAGCGUGGCGACUAUUGGUUGCCGUACCACUUCUCGCCACACCUGGAUGGCAGUCCUGACACGUGGCUCCUGAAGGCACUCUUCUUGCUGGCGCUGGGACAGACCGUGGGCAAGGCAGGGUGCUACAUCUCGGCAGUGGAGACAAGGCUCCUUGAGCACAACAGUGAACUGCUGGAAAAGUUCCAGGCGGCGCAGGAGCAGGUGCUGCGUGCUCCCGGGCUGGACCACCUGUUGGAAGAGCUUCUACAGGCAGCACGUCACUUCACCAGCUGACACUACCCCAUCCACCAGUAGUACUGUGAAGGCCCACCAAGUGAAUAUAUUAGGCAUGAGCGAAUAGCGGUUUUUUCACCUCA